AACGCAUGUGCUUUUAAAUCGACGAUUUCGUUGUUUUUCCUCGCCGUUUGUUAUUGCACACUCGCUCGCUCGCUCUUUCGUUGUUGUUAUCGUUGUUCGUUGCGUUGCGAGAUUUGACGGUAGAGAACUUGUCGAAGCCCCAACAACCACCUUGUGGUCUGCGUUAGAAGAGAUGGCUCAUCGCUGUUCGGCGGCACUCUUGGCAAUGGAGCCUUGGUAGCUGCUUGUGCCAGUGGCUUGUGGCAGAUCGUGGAGACACACCGCACGCGUACAUAUGACCGAUGAUGAUGAUGAUGCUAGGCUGGAAACUGUGAUCGGUUAGGUUAGUUCAUCGGAAUGGGGGGCAAGUGAGAAAGAGAGCAUGCAACAUAGAUUUGAUAACGCCAGCCAGAGCAAAAGAGUUAGAAUUCUCUCGGGGGUUUUACCCUUCCGCCAAGCACUCACUCACUUCCUUCCGAUGUUCGGUUUGCUGAUUCCGUAGCCAUCGACAACCACCAUCAGAUACCCAUCUAUCGCACUGGCCCAGGCAGGAGGACAACUUUUUUUUUGUAUCGGGGAGCCUCCACAGGGAAGUUCCUCUCUUUCUUCAACUUCCUCUCCAAUGGCUGGCUGGCUGGCCGGAGCAACCGAUAACCGAACGAUUCCGGCUUCUGCUAUCUAUUUGAUUUUUAUAACUUUAUUAAUUAGUGUUGUUCGAGUCGAACGAUGAUAGAUUGACAAAACAGCGCUCGAUUCCUCUCUGUGAACGUGCCCUGCCCGUGCUACACCGCAGUAGGCUAUUUGUUCGCUUUGAUUCAACUACCUACUACUACUCUUAUUGUUGAUGAUUGUUUUGUUUUGCGAGCCGGUAUCCGGUUCGAUAGACUGCUGAACUGCUACCGCGCUUAGUGUCUCCAUCAUCGGCAGUGGACGAUAGUAGCGUGUCUGCAGUGCUCGUGACCGCGUUAAACGUACCAAUUAAUCGAAGAGUUAGCAACGAAAAAAAUAAACUCCCCCGCAUCACAACAUCGCCAUAGCAAGCAUCCACGUGGUCUGUCUCGAAUGUCCACGCAACGCACACACACACCCCCACGUACCAGUGAGGUUUUGUGCUAAUGAGCUAGGAUAAUUCAGCCUACUACGAUUGGAGGAGGCGGACUACGACGCGUUACUAAUUCUCGACGUCGCGUGUGCCAGUGCGUAUCCUUAAACAGUGCGUAUGUUUGUAUUUUUUUUUCGGGAUGAUGGUGUUAAGAGGGUUUCUUCAUUGAUGAUGAUAAUUGUCCGGUGGAGACGACACAACAGCAACCAGCCAGGCGACAAUCAAUUAGCCAGUCUCGUCGACCACCCCAAAUGACAAGUGGGGCAUCUGUUUUCCUUAUUUUGUUUUUUUUUCUCGGGUCCGUCGGCCGUUCGUGUGAACCUAGUGUGGCUGCUUGGGGAUGUGUUUUGAAAACAAAUUACAGGCCUUGUGCUAAUGCAGAAAAGAAAAACGAAAAUGGGUGCAGUUUUGAUUACAGGUGUUACAGUUUGGGGGCCUAACUUUGAUGAGGUGUGAAGAAAAUAUCAUUAAACGGAAAUUUAGAUCCUUUUUCAAAUAAUAAUCAAAUUAACAACACACGUGAAGUGGUUGAAUCAAGGCACAGUGAAGUGAGCUCUGGUGGAAAACAGCUUGAGUAAGGUUCUUGUGCCAAUCGGAUUCGAAGUGCCGACGGUAUUUUGGCGAGAAGAAGUCAUAGCUUUUUUUUUAUUUUUGUGUGAGAGGGGUGCAAAAUUCGAGCUGAUUUUAUUUGAGGGAGAUGAACACAGUAACUGACGAUGAAAAACUGUGCAAGAUUAUUGGGCAAAUGUAGAGGACUUGCUAGCAAGGUGAAUAAAAGAUCGUAAUCUAAGAAAGUACUCGCCGGAAUUCUUCUGAUUAUGCCGCUUUUGGUAGCGCAACGGAGCGGUGCACAUGCAGCAGUGGCAUUAGACCACCAAUUCCUCAAUCAGUGUACGACCUUUGAUCAGCCCGAGUACUGUCAAGUUACGCUGUCAUCGACCAAAAGCAAUCGCGACCAUUUUACCAAAAUAGAACAACCAUUGCCGGCGACGCAAUCGAAGAAGGCGCUGCAUACUAUGAACAGUAGCAUGUCCAAGUUUAAGACAGCCGGUGGAAACUCUUCGACGGGCACGUCCACCGGUAUUGCCACGACAACAACCGCUGCCGCAACGACGAUUGCCCGGCAUCAUCCGCUGUAUCGACAGUUUUAUGGCGGUGCGGAUGAAUCACCUCCGUACGAAAAACAGCAGCAACAGCAGCAGUCGGAUGAUCAAGAUAACAGCGAUAGCGAAAUGCGUGAUAAAGCUUACGGAAAAAUAUGGCUCAACAACGAGGCUCAGUGGCAUCAACCGGUGUCCCUCACAACGCGCAAUCUCUCCGCAGCUGGACAGAAUCCCUUGCAUCCGCCAGCUAUGAUGAACCACCCCGGUGGUGUUGGUUUUGCAGGCUCGCUGAAUCCCCCGUCACCGGUUGCUACAAUGGGUCAUCAUGGAAUCCCCAACAGCCUACUGGGUAUCCGCGAAAUGAUGCUACAAAAUCCAGCGCUCGGCUUUCUUAACGACAGCAACCUUCUAAUGAAAAGAAGCAUCCUAGAUGGCAUACCGGGAGCCUUCCAACUAGGACCAAACCCAUUGGAUAUGGCAACAACAACUACAGCCAUCAGCCCUCAUCACUUGUCGUCACCGCUGUCGGGAUCUCCUCUAUCAUCUUUCCAAACUAACCUGAUGCAUUCGAUAAAGCGCGAAAGGACUGAAAUGCAAGAUGACGAACAUCUCGGGAUCCUGGAAGAACAGCGGCGGAACGCAAAACAAAAUCAAACAAGUCGAUCACCACCUUCUCAUUUCACAUAUCAUCAUUCAACAGGCCACCAUCAUCAUCAUCAACAGCAACAGCAGCAGCAUUUGAGACCAGGUCAUCUUCUCAAUCCUCUCGCUUCUCAUCACCAUCUACAGCAUCCGCAUCGGACCUCUCCCUCAGUUUCGUCCUCCCAGUCGAAUCUGGCAGUCACUCCAACGGCCACGAUGACCUCCAGUCCAUCUUCGGUAGCGUCAUCCCAUCACCACCACCAAGCAAAACUGCAACAAAAUCAGCAAAACCCACAACAUCAAAGACAUCGCAGCGACUCUGCCGAGGAACGUGAACUGAAUUUCAAUGCCCGUCAAGCCCCACCGCCCCAUCAGCAUCAGCUCCAGCAGCAUUCACUGGCCCGGAUGCAAUCGUUUCACCACCAAACCAGUUCCCAGACUUUAAAAAUCGAGCAAAAUCAUACUGAACUUGAGCCAGAUUCGAAUCAUUUCUACAACCAUCAUCAGCAACAACAACAACAACUGCAACGCCACCAGUUGCAUCAAUCUCAGCAGCAGCAGCAACAACAACAAACGUCAUCGCUAAAACGUCGACGUAGUGAAGGUGACGAUGAUGUUGAAGAUGACGAUGACGGCGACGAAGACGAUGGUACUGACGACAAGUGCGAGCUAGUAGGCAAUGAAAAAUUGUAUCGAAAUCACCACGGCAACAACAGUGGCAAUAAUAACAAUCACAUGAUUUCCGUUGACAACAACGAUGGCCACUUCGAUGACAAUCAUGAUGAUGAUGAUGAUGAUGAUGAUGAUGAGGCAGCAAACUUGAACGGCAGUGCAGUGGCGUCUUUGGCUGUCGUCGGUCAUCCCCAACAGGACAGCCCACAACGAUCAUCGCCACAGACAUCGGAGCCACCGCCUCCAUCCCGCACACCCCAACAGUUCGUUACCGUCAAGAAGGAACUGCAGCAACCGCAGCAUCAGCAUUCGCCGCCCCAACAUCUAACAGCCGGCGGCGUAGUCCGGCUAAAGUCAUCAUCACCUGAUAUCAGUAGGCUGUCAAAAUCACCGUCACCGCCUCCUUCGAAUGAUGAUGCCUACAGUGAUCGAGAAGAUGGUAGCGAUCGGGAGCAACUGGCAAGUCCGAUUGUCUCGGAUCGACCAGACCGUGUCACUCCACUCAACUUGAUCACAGAGUCAUCUCGGCGGACUCCAUCCCCAAACCAGCAGACGCCACCGAGUGGACCGGCUAGCAGUAGUAGCAUCGGAGUAGCGCUAGCUGCUCUUCAAAAUCAGCAAACGUUGGGAUCUCUUUUUCUACAAAAUCAACUGAGCCUAGGAACGCUGGGUGGUCUAUCCGGUCAGGAACUGAACGUCCUACAGCAAGCCCUUCAGGCCCAGCAAGCUUCCUUCCAGCAGCAGAUCCAAAACUACAUGCUCAUGCAGGCUCAGGGCCAGGCAGGAGGAAACGGAAAUGCAGCAGCUCAGGUCACUGCUCAAGCAGCGGCUCAACUCCUCAUGCAAAAUCAGCUUAGCACAAGCUGCUACACCACUACACCAUCUUCUCAGUCCAUCACUAACGCCAGUGGUGCAAGCAACAACAAUAGUGCUGGCCAUACGGUCGCCAAUUGUAUCGAUCUCAACAGUAGUAAGCUAUCGGCAGCUGCUGGCAACAGUGCCGGGGUCCUAGGCGCAAACACCGCCGCAGGUCAUCGUCUCAAUCACCAUCUCAAACUUUCGUCCCCACUCGAAGGAUCGCGAUCAUUGCAGGUCCAGCAAGCCGUCGCUCAGCUGCAAGCCCUUCAACAGAAACAGCAACAGCUAAAGGCUAGCUCUACCCCAACUCCGACCAACCUCUCCGGAUCAUCUCCACUGCACAGCCCAGCCGGAAGUCCCGGUUUACAUCACCACCCUACAUCGCACAGCUCCCUGCUCGGUUCCAGCCAGACGACCCCACCCAAUGUGAACCACCAGUUGAAUGUGGGAGGCAUCUUGACGCCCUCAACGCCCGGAUCCCAGGGAACGCACACGCCCCAGAUGCAAAAACAUGCUGCCGCUCCCCGUGCCCUGGAACCAUCGCCUGAGGAAACCACCGAUCUCGAGGAGCUGGAACAGUUUGCCAAAACUUUCAAACAGCGCCGGAUAAAGCUCGGCUUCACGCAGGGCGACGUCGGGCUGGCCAUGGGCAAGCUGUACGGUAACGAUUUCUCCCAGACGACCAUCUCCCGGUUCGAGGCGCUCAAUCUGAGCUUCAAGAACAUGUGCAAGCUGAAACCGCUGCUCCAGAAGUGGCUCGAGGACGCCGACAGCAGCAUCUCCAACCCGGGCGGUUUUUUCCCUGAUUCCAGCCGAAUGUUCAGCCCGAGCACCCUGACCAACACGGCCACGACACCGGAAAUUGUGGCCCGGCGACGCAAGAAGCGUACCUCGAUCGAAACCUCCGUCCGAGCGGCCCUUGAGAAGGCCUUCCUGAUCAACUCAAAGCCGACGAGCGAGGAAAUCACAUCCCUGGCGGACAAUCUCUGCAUGGAAAAGGAAGUGGUGCGGGUUUGGUUCUGCAACCGGCGUCAGAAGGAGAAACGGAUAAACCCGAUCAACGGCAUGGAAAGUCCCACGCACUCGUCCGGUAGCAGCGAAAUGUUCCAACUGCCAAAUCUCUCGGCAGCAGCGGCGGCGGCGGCAGCGGCAGCUUCCGGAAGUUUACCACCGCACCAUCUGUACCAUCCGAUGGGUGGUGUUAGCGGGGGAAUCAAGCAGGAAUGACUAGUCGGCAGUCCGCCGUCCUCACCGCCCCAAAAUCCCGCCGUCGCCCAGCAGUUAUCGUUCAUGAUGUGAAAGGGCUCCUCCGUCAAACCGUCCGGUGUUGUGUCCAGUUCCCCGCUCCGACUGACAUAUCAACUAUCCUCCUACUAUCUGGAUCAUCAACUGGCAGCAGUACGAGGAUGAACUGUGUGUGAAUGUUAAACGCGUAGGGGGUCACUUCUGGGAAGUUGACCUCCAGGCUACGAUGUCCAUCACAAUGGAUACUAAAUGCCAAAAUUUAUCGGAAUAAAAUAUUAUUUAUUGAAUGGAUCGACCCAAAAGCUGCGUCGCGUCGAGUCUGACCAACAAAACGGACAUCUAGCACGUAGACAUAUGUUCUGUAAAUCAGCAUGCACUAAGUUUAAUUAAAUCAAUAUUAAUGUUGUAAGCAGAAGAUAAUAGGCUGAUAAGGAAGACUACUUAGCGAAAACUUUCUCUCAAUCCACGAUAUCAUUCCAAAAACCAAGCUUUAAGCACUAAAAUUCAUUAUUACUUAUCAACACUUGUCUGAAAUAUUUUUUUUUAAUCUUACAAUUAUUUUUGAUUGUGUUCCUCUGAUUUCCAAUCUAUCAAAAUGUUCUCAAAAGAGUUUCAACUAAACGAGAAGAAGGCUUUUUGGAAAAUUUACUUCCUUCCGGAGGACGAUAAUUGCCUUCCAUAGAAAAUUUCCCAAAGAUCCUUUUUCAAAGCCGAACGAAACUUUCCAAGAACAUCAUUUGUACAUAAAAAAAAGCCAACAGGGACUGACCUAAACUUAAUGUAAAACAUUAGUUGUGUCUUUGUUUUCUUUGUUCCACUACUCAUUAGACUUAUAUAUAAAAAAAAAGCUUAGAUAAUUUGAGUUGAUAGUCCCUCCCAUAACAUAGGAUCGAUUGAGCUAAUCCUCCCACACCCACACACUCACACACUGAUUUAAGAGUCACACUAUUAGCUCACACCUGAUCGUGGCUCAUUUUUUUCGUGCAAUUUGCAUUAACCGGGUUUCAUACUUGUGCAUUUGUUUUUUUUUCUUUUUGUUUGUUCGUUUCAUAAGUUUUUGAUUAACUAAAAAGAUAGAUACGAAGAUUUUGCUUUCGUUAAGUUAAGUUAGUCUAAAAAAAUAGAUUGAGAAAAUUGCUUUUUUUGUCUCAUGCUCUAACACUUUUUCGUUUCCCAAGACCACAGUCAUCACUAAACGUAUAUGAACAAAAUUUGAAAAAAAAAAAAUCCCAACAUGUAUACCGAAAGACGUGAAAUCAGUAAAGAAAUUGUACUAAUAACAUACCAUAGAUUUAGAAGAGCAAAAAUUAAGUGGUGCACAGAAAGUGUGAAUAUUGUUUUUGGCGCGAAGAAAACUUAAAGAAAAAUGUUCUGUAAAAAUUUCGGCUAAAGUAACAUUCCCCCGAAACUGACAAAAUUUAGACUAAGCUGUAAAAAGAUAAACAGAAAUACAAAACAAUAUAUCCAAAGAAAUUUGAUGAGGUACUAAAAAUUAAAAACAACCAUGGGAGAAAAUAUACUGUAUGAUACGAAUACGAAUCUUUUUCAUCACUUUCUUCUGACAAAUGCGAGACCGAAACCAUGCAAAUACAAAAUGCAAGCAAAGAGGCUUUCCGUUUUCUACACAUCAACCCCCCCGAAUCCCAUUCAGAUGAAGUUAGAAUUUUUAAAUAUUCCCAAAUGAAAACUCUCAAAUUCCAGUCUUCCAGAAAAGAAAGAGAGUACGACGAAAGUAAAAACGCACUAAAAACUCCCCAGUAAUAACCUUUUUCAUCGUUCCAGUUUUUUUUUCUUUGUUGUUCUCCAAUAAGCUGUAAUUCAGAACGGAUUGAUGUUCCUAAUUAAAUGUAGUGAAAUUCAAACGACAAAAAAUAAAACGAAAUAAAAACCUAAAAUGGUGGAAAUCCCUAUCCCGUGUUAUUUGUAACUUUUCCGCGUAUUGUUGUAACCGGAUGAAAUUGUGAAAUGUCUCACCCCACGGUUUGACCACGGCGAACAGGAAGAGUAACAAGUUUAGAUAUGUAGAUCCGUAUCGUAUUGUGAAUGACAAAACAAGGUGUACUAACUAACUGUAAAUAUGUAAACAAACUAUAAGGCAGAAAGCUAAGUAAAAGUAGAAGAAAAAAUGUCAAAAGAAAAACAAAAAACCUACAUAACACACAAAAAUCAACACUCUAUAAAAGAAAGGAAAAAUCUAGAUGAAUAUGAAUAAUAAACAUUGAUUUACAAUUGAA